AUCGGUUGGGUCGCUGUUUGAUGACGUAUUUGACAUUGGUAUGGAGCACUCGUGAAAAGUUGCUAACUAGCUAGCUUGUAAGGUCCAACCAUGGCUCUUAUUUCAAGAUCAUGCAGUGGGUUCCUCGCACAACUGUCAUCACUGACGCAUCACAAGGCUUUCAGUGUGUCAACAGCCGCAGCAGCCAUCCAGAAAAUGACCAGGGUUCGUGUUGUUGACAACAGUCCACUGGGUAGUACCCCAUGGCACCGGUCCCCUAGAGUCAUCCACGUGUACACCAAGAACGGAGUGGGCAAGGUGGGCGACCGCGUUCUGCUGGCCAUCAAGGGAGGGAAGAAAAAAGCUCUUAUCGUUGGCCACAAGAUGCCCGGAGAGCGGAUGAACCCGCGUUUUGACUCCAACAACGUUGUCCUGAUUGAAGACAACGGUAACCCUACGGGAACUAGAAUUAAGGUUCCACUACCGACACACUUGCGUAAAAUGGAGGGAGACUAUUCCAAGCUGUUGGCCAUCGCUAGCCGGUUUGUGUAGUUCUGUAACAGGGCGGCAGGGUAGCCUAGUGGUUAGAGAGUAGGGUCGGCAGGUAGUCUAGUGGUUAGAGAGUAGGGUCGGCAGGUAGUCUAGUGGUUAGAGAGUUGGACAAGUAAUCGGAAGGUUACAAGUUCAAACCCCCGAGCUGACAAGGUAUAAAUCUGUCGUUCUGCCCCUGAACAAGACAGUUAACCCACUGUUCCCAGGCCGUCAUUGAAAAUAAGAAUUUGUUCUUAACUGACUUGCCUGGUUAAAUAAAGGUAAAAAUAAAAAAACAAAGUCCUCCGUUAAUAGUUGUGAUGACAGCUGUCGUGUCCUCAAACAGGAUCACGUCUGUGGAGGUGAUUCCGAGCACAUUUUUCACGUAGUCUCCCAUUGACAUCAACGUACGACUAAGUGAAACAUUUGACUUUUAAGUGGACUGUGUGCCCCUAUGUUCGGGCCAAUGGAAAUCUCUCCACAUGUCUCUCCACAUGUUAUUGGUAAUGAAACCGUGUUGUCAAUGGAAACAGACCCUUUUUUUUUCUUGUCAUUUAUGUUGUUUUGAUAUAAAUAAAGUUUACAUUAUUCAAA